CACACAUUUCAUUGCUUUUGUUUGAAGAACAAGGAUAUUCAUCUAUCUUUAUAAUGCGACUUUUAAGGAGUGCAUUUGUUCUUCGAGGUUUGAUCCUCACACUAAUAGUUUUAACACCAACAUUGAGCAAAACACCCUCAGCAAGCGCUCCAACACCAGGUUCAACUACCGCCACCACUGUCAGUUUAAACAUACAACAAACGACCACGUCUAAUUCUUCAUUUACCGGAAGGUCAACCGAGCCAAAUACGACAAUGUUUACACCUACAAAUACCGGAACUGGCAGUUCAACCACGACAAUAACAUCUACGCCUUCUCCUACUACAACUAUAACUAACGGUUCAACCACCAAGCAAACGACAAUGCCCACAACUACCUCUACCGGAACUGGCAAAUCAACCACGGAAAAUACAACCAUUUCUUCACUAACAAUUACCAGAGCUGGCAAUUCAACCACGAAGUUAACAACUACGUCUUCUCAUUCCAAUAGUGUAAUUGGCGGUUUAACCUCGAAACAAACGUCAAUGUCUAUUCAUACCACAGCCGGAACUGGCAACUCAACUACGGAAAAUACAGCCAUGUCUUCACUAACCAUUAACAGAGCUGGCAAUUCAACCACGAAGUUAACAACUUCGUCUUCUCAUUCCGAUAGUGUAAUUGGCGGUUUAACCUCGAAACAAACGUCAAUGUCUAUUCAUACCACAGCCGGAAUUGGCAACUCAACUACGGAAAAUACAAUCGUCUCAGGUUCAACCCAUUCUGGAAGUGGCAGAUCAAGCACGGGGAAAGCAACAAGUCCACUCGAAAAAAAUAUCUCUACAGUUAACCCUUACAACGGAGCAGAAAUUAGAGAAAGACGCAUGCUACUAUUGGGAGCUACGUGCAAUAUAAUUGCAACACGUUUAAUCCUGUUCUUGUUACAAUAACUGUUCGGGAUGAAUCACAAAUAAAACAUUUUUAUUUUGUGGUGUCAAUGAAAGCUUCAACAUUGGAUUAAUUAAGCUGGGUACAUCAAAACGCGAGCAUAAUAAUGUAACGUGGUACGAUAAUUAUGUAAAUGUAUUUUUAUCUUCUUCUGAUGUUCAAAUGUAACCAUAUAUUCUUGGGCAUCAGCUCAUAUUUAAGUGUAGAAUUAAAGUCUCUCAUUAUCCACCCAUAUAAGAAAACUGUUAAAUUUAGCUAGAUAUAUUGAAGCUGCAAUGAAAUUAAGAAUCUCCGCACUGGUAAUUCAAUCGUGUAUUAAACGUAAUACUUACAAUAUAUGUUUCACUCUUAGAAUAGGAUAUUCACUAUUUGUGCCUUUUGUAUGUAUUUAUAUCAUAUUUGUCUCCAUGUUUAUGCUUGUAAUUGAUAUAGGAUUUUGUAUGCCGCUUUUGCAUAUAAACUUUGAACUUGCCAUGGUCUUACCUAGUAUCAAAUAGAAUAGUCGCUGCGCUGUAGUGGUCCGAGUGGUUCUGAGAAUGAAUCCGCCCUGUGACGUAAUACCGUAAUACGUUAAUUAAAGUUAUAUUUAAGAUAUAAUUAAGAUUUAAUUAAAUGUAUAUGUGUCUACAUACUGUAUGUUUAGUAAUGUAGGGCAUAUUUGAUUGUCAUUUGAAUAUGGAGGUGGUUGACAGCCGACCUGGUACAAAUGUACAAAAUGGUCAUGUUAAUUACAAAAACGUGUAUUCCUGGGGUUGUAAAGCUGUCAUAUUUAUACAACAAAUUAGUAUAAGAGAGAUGAUUUUGGAUGUAAAAACAGGGGGGUUAGGGAAGGCAAUGAAAGCGGCCUUGGGUCCUUAAUGGACGGCAGUUAGGAUGCGGGAUUACCUUAAAUGUCAU